ACCUGCAUGCUGUUGAGGGGGAGGCGCCAGUCUGCAGUAGUUUCUGGAAGGAACCUCAUGCCUGCACCAUGGAGAAAGUUUCAGCAUUGAAAGAUCAGGGCAACAAAGCCCUGAGUGCAGGGAACAUUGAUGAGGCUGUACGCUGCUACACCGAAGCUUUGGCUCUUGACCCUUCAAACCACGUCCUCUUCAGUAACCGCUCAGCUGCCUAUGCUAAGAAAGGCAACUAUGAGAAUGCUCUCCAGGAUGCCUGUCAGACCAUCAAGAUCAAGCCUGACUGGGGAAAGGGCUAUUCACGCAAAGCUGCAGCACUGGAAUUUCUUGGCCGAUUGGAAGACGCUAAAACAACUUACCAAGAGGGAAUUCGGCAAGAGCCAAGUAAUCAGCAGCUGAAGGAGGGUUUACAGAAUAUUGAGGCCCGGCUUGCAGAGAAAACAAUGAUGAAUCCCUUCGCCAUGCCAAACCUGUAUCAGAAGCUGGAGAAUGACCCUCGAACCCGUGAGCUUUUGUCAGAUCCAAGCUACAGAGAGCUGCUGGAGCAGCUCAGGAACAAACCGUCGGAGCUGGGCACGAAGCUGCAGGAUCCCAGAGUGAUGACCACACUCUCUGUACUGCUGGGACUGAACCUCUCUGAAAUGGAAGAAGAAGAGGAGCCCACCCCUCCUCCUCCUCCCAAACCAAAAGAGACCCAGCCGCCCCCUCCCAAAGAGGAAGACCUUCCUGAAAACAAGCGAAAGGCCUUAAAGGAAAAGGAACUUGGGAACACUGCAUACAAGAAUAAGGACUUUGCAACAGCACUGAAACACUAUGAAGAGGCAUUUAAACACGACCCCACCAACAUGACAUUUUUAUCAAAUCAAGCAGCUGUUUUCUUUGAGAAGGGAGAUUUCGAGAAGUGCCGAGAGCUGUGUGAGAAGGCCAUUGAAGUUGGCAGAGAGAACCGAGAAGACUACAGACAAAUUGCAAAGGCACUGGCUAGGAUUGGCAACUCGUACUUCAAGCAGGAGAAAUAUAAAGAAGCAGUUCAGUUUUUCAACAAGAGUCUGACAGAACAUCGCACUCCUGAUGUCUUGAAGAAGUGUCAACAGGCAGAAAAGAUACUGAAGGAGCAGGAAAAACAAGCCUACAUCAACCCUGAGUUAGCCCUGGAAGAGAAGAACAAGGGCAACGACGCCUUCCAGAAAGGGGACUACCCAUUGGCCAUGAAACAUUACAGUGAGGCCAUCAAGAGAAACCCCAAGGAUGCCAAACUGUUCAGCAACAGAGCUGCUUGCUACACAAAGCUGCUGGAGUUUCAGCUUGCCCUGAAGGAUUGUGAAGAGUGCAUCAAACUUGAGCCCACUUUCAUUAAAGGCUACACACGUAAAGGAGCAGCUUUGGAGGCCAUGAAAGAUUAUUCAAAAGCUAUGGAUGCAUACCAGAAGGCCCUGGAGCUGGAGUCCUCCUCAAAGGAAGCCACAGAGGGCAUGCAGCGCUGUAUGAUGAGUCAGGCGAUGAGGAAUGACAGCCCUGAGGAGGUGAAGAAAAGAGCGAUGGCUGAUCCUGAGGUGCAACAGAUUAUGAGUGACCCUGCCAUGCGCAUGAUCCUGGAGCAAAUGCAGAAGGACCCGCAGGCACUCAGCGACCACUUAAAGAAUCCAGUUAUUGCUCAGAAGAUUCAGAAACUCAUUGAUGUCGGACUGAUAGCAAUUCGUUGAUGAGAACCAGGAUGCAGAUUGUUUGAAAGAAACUCCAAGACGACAGUGGAACAAAGCCCUCCAAAAUACUACGCCCCCCUUUUUUUUGCCUUCAAAUUUAAAAUUAUACUGUCCUUGGUCUCACUGAGGCUCUGUGUGUGUUGUUUUUUUAAUCAGUUUCACAACUUUUACAUUGUAUUUAAGAAAGCAUCUAUGUCAUCUGAAGAAGUUCAGGUUUCCAGGAACCCUAAUAUACAACACUGGUUUCAUGUGUGCAAAUACUUCAAUACAAUUCAGUGCACCAGGGCACUCAGCGUUUAAAGGGGAAGUUUAGAUAUUCUUAUUGGUUCAUAGUUUACUGAUAUGUAAUGACAAAUAGAAUAAUUUAUACAGGAAAAAUCAAGAUUGUAUGUAGAUCACAAUUGAAACUGUCAACAAUGGUCUUCUUAACUGGUGUUGUCCACUUCAAGGCUUGACUAAAAAUGGUGCUUUGAA